AGAACAGGGCGCGCGCGCUCCGCAAACAAAGACCCGCACGUCCUCCGCGCUACAGCAUCAGCAUCCUCCUCCUCCACCUCCUCCUCCUGGAAGCCUCGCGCCAGCAGCAUGACGGCCAACGGCAGCAGCAGCAGCAGCAGCGACAUGCUGAAGAUCCAGUUCGGCCUCAUCAACUGCGGCAACAAAUACCUCACAGCCGAGACGUUCGGCUUUAAGAUCAACGCCUCGGCCACCAGCAUGAAGAAGAAGCAGAUCUGGACGCUGGAGCAGAACGGAGACGACUCCAACAUGUUCUUCCUCAAGAGCCACCUCGGGCGCUACAUCGCCGCCGACAAAGACGGCAACGUUACCGGCGACAGCGAGACGCCCGGCGAGGACUGCCGCUUCAUCAUCACGGCGCACGACGACGGCCGGUGGUCCCUGCAGUCCGAGCCGCACAAGCGCUACCUGGGCGGCACGGAGGACAGGAUCACCUGCUUCGCGCAGACCAUCUCCAUGGCCGAGAAAUGGAGCGUGCACAUCGCCAUGCACCCGCAGGUCAACAUCUUCAGCCUGACCAGAAAGAGGUACGCGCACCUGAGCGACAAAGAGGACGAGAUAGCCAUUGACAGGGACGUGCCGUGGGGCGUGGACUCCCUCAUCACCCUGGUCUUCCAGGACCAGAGGUACCACCUGCAGACGUCCGACAACCGCUUCCUGAAGAACGAUGGCACCCUGGCCCAGAAAGGCGACAAGACCACCGGCUACACCUUGGAGUUCAGGUCCGGAAAGGUGGCCUUCAGGGACUGCGCCGGAAAGUACCUGGCCCCCUCCGGCCCCAGCGGAACCAUGAAGUCCGGCAAGAGCUCCAAGGUUGGGAAGGACGAGCUUUUUGUUCUGGAGCAGAGCCACCCUCAAGUAGUGCUGACCGCUGGCAAUGACAGGAAUGUGUCCACCAGGCAAGGAAUGGACCUCUCUGCCAAUCAGGACGAGGAGGGUGAUCAGGAGACCUUUCAGAUGGAGAUCAGUAAGGAAACGAAGAAGUGUGCUUUCAGGACCUGCUCUGGGAAAUACUGGACGCUCACCGCUAACGGUGGCCUGCAGUGCACCGCUUCUACCAAGUCUGCCAACUGCUAUUUUGAUAUUGAAUGGCGUGGGAAGAAAAUCACUCUCCGUGCUGCCAAUGGAAAGUAUGUGGCAGCCAAAAAGAAUGGGCAGCUGGCUGCCACCAUUGAUUCUGCAGGAGAGACCGAGGAGUUCCUGAUGAAGCUCAUCAACAGGCCCAUCAUUGUGCUGCGGGGAGAGCAUGGCUUCAUUGGCUGCAGGAAGGUGACUGGUACCCUUGACUCCAACCGCUCCUCCUACGAUGUCUUUGGCCUGGUGUUCCGUGAUGGGGCCUACAGCCUCCAAGAUUCCACUGGGAAGUACUGGAUGGUUGGGAAUGAGUCUUCAGUGGUCAGCAGCAGUGAUACCCCAGUAGAUUUCUUCCUGGAGUUCUGCGACUACAACAAAGUGGCCAUCAAGUCGAGUGAAGGGAAGUAUCUGAGGGGCGACCACGCUGGUGUUCUGAAGGCUAAUGCUGAUGACCUGGACAGCUCCACCAUGUGGGAGUACUAGAAGCACUUGAGUAACCACUGUGGCUUUUUUUUUUUCUCCCUUAAUUUUCUUUUCCGUCCUUCAUUUUAAAUAUAAUUUUUCACCAUGAGCUAGCACAAGUGGGCGAUAAGUAGCAGAGAAUAACAUGAAGGUGCAAAGGUCUCUCUCUUUUUUUGGUGGUUUAAGUCCUGAAGACUCUGCUAUCUCUAUGAUACGCAAACUAGUGCUCCAGCGCUCUGGUGCCAUAAAAUUCUAGCAGUGUUGUGCAGUCUUCAUAAACUAAAACUCAAUGUGUGCCAGUGCUAAAUUCCUGGGGCUUUAUCUGGGGUCCAAAUUGGUGCACUGCGGUAAUACAAGGCCCUUUGCCUAUUAAAUGUGAUGAGAAUUGACUGGAAUUAAAAUAAAAUGGUAAAUGGGCCUUAGUAAAGGUAUGUACCCAGUACAUCAGGAGGAGCCAUUUUCUGACAGGAUUGCUGGAUCUCCUCAGCUGUUUGGUGGGAUUUUUGUGAUCCCUUCCCUUGUCUUUGCACAAAUCGUAAGAGCCUCUCUCUUUUAAUAUGUUGAAUUGUAGGAGAAUGUUCUGUAUACUGAUGCCUUGUCAAACCCUGUGAGUCUCAGCCCCUUGUCCACCAUAUUGCCAAGUGUUAGAAUCCCAGUCAUCAGAUUAAUGGCAAUAUGGCAGUUAAUGGUAACUGUGUGAAUGUUGAAUUAUGACCGUCUUGCCAUACACUUGACAAUGUAUCAAAGUGAGUUCUUUAACCACUGGAAUGAGUGUCUCAGCAGUGAUAAUGUUUGAUUUUAUACUCUGGAGUAUGGCAAUGAUUUUGUGUGUAAAGUAUGUACUGGAUUUCUGCUUGUGCCAUUGGAGUUCAUUUCCAUGUAAAAGAAUAAGAGAGAACUGGAUGUUGUAUGUGAAGAAGGCACCUUACAGUCCUUCAUCUCAACUUAUGUUAAAAGUCCUGAAAUCAUCAAAUGAGGGAGAAACAUGUUAAAAUUCAAAAUGUCUGCAACUAACAGGUUGAUUGUCAUUAAGUGUAGAUGUAAGAGUGAUACUUCCGAUCUGAAGUAUGUUGUUGCAGGUUCAACACGAUAUUUAUGGUAAAUUAAAACCUCCCUUCUGCUUGAUCUGGAUGGGUCACAGUGGAAUGGUCUGUGUUCACUGCACAUGAGUAACUGGCAUGGCUUAAUCUGGAAAUGCAAUUCUUUCACUGGAAAAGUAUCACUUAACUGUUCUGUUUUUGAGUUUAUAAGGCACAGACAUUAUCAUAAACCUUCAUACAUGGUAUGGAGUAAUAAGGGUCAUGUAAUGGGCACACGGCUGGAACAAAUCUUGUGUCUCUUAGAAAUGUUUUGAGUGCUGUAACAAUCGUAUAGCACCAAUAACCAUAUCUGGUUCCAUAUAAAGUGACAGAAUCCUUCUUGCAAGAUAUAAGGUAGCAAACUUAACUGAUGCUUAAACAUUUAAAUAUGAAAAUAACGAGGAUAACUGGUUCUUGUAUCUGUUCCAUGUGUGCAUCAAGGCAGCCAGAACUGCAACUCUUUGUACUACACGGUUUUCAGACAGAAAACUUGCAUAUAAUGUAAAAGAAUUGAGAUUCAUUUUGUCUAUCAGCAUAUUAGGGUUUGAGAUUACUAAGGUAAAUUAGUCUCCUACAUACAAGGGAAUGGUAAUGACUGUGCCUUAGCCUAGAGUAUAUGGUCAUACUGGAAAAAGGAAAAAAAAACAUUCCACAUCUAUACUUUGUAAAACUUUACAGACUUCCUUUUUUUAUAUUGUUUUGAUAUUAUGGUUGUUUCUUUUUCCUCAUGUGCCAUGGGUACAAACGAAAUACAAUAAUAAAUUUGAAUAUGAAAUUGUG